AUGUACAGAGCGUUGCGGGCUGCUGGCCAAAGUUUGCCAAAGCCCGCUGAAAUGCUGAAGGUGCCACUUCCCAGCAGUUCGCUUGAGCCUUCGACAUGCGGUCUGGUGCGAUGCCGUUUUGCCUCAGACCCGACCAGGGUAAGAGAAAACCUCUUCAAGAAGGGCCUCGCAGGCGGGGCCAGACAAAUUGGCCUCUGGACCGGCAUUCGAAGUACGCUUGUGGCAGAGAUGCUGUCCCACGUCUCUGGUAUGGACUGGUUUGUCAUCGACAUGGAGCACUCUCCCAACGAAUUGGGGGAUGUGCUGCUUCAGCUCCAGGCCUCGCAGCGAGGUGAGGCCGAGCCUGUUGUACGUGUGCCCUGGGCGGAGCCUGUGGUCGUCAAGCGGGUGCUGGACCUUGGAGCUCAGAGCCUAAUUUUCCCUUGGAUCAACACGGCAGAAGAGGCUAAAUCAGCUGUCGAGGCAACGCGCUAUCCCAGUUUGGGCGGCAUUCGCGGAGUGAUGAGCCUAGCGCGGAUGAACAACUACGGAGCGCAGAAUCCUCACUACUACAAGGAGGCCGGCCCACAGAUCUGUAACAUUAUGCAGAUUGAGACCAUGGAGGCUGUCGACAACAUCGAGGCCAUUGCAGCCGUGGACGGUGUAGAUGCGCUGUUUGUCGGUCCCAGUGACCUCUCGGCUUCAAUGGGCUUUAUUGGCCAGCCGCAGCAUCCAGAGGUGAAGCAGGUCAUUCAGCAAGCUUUUUCGCGCAUCGUGGCCAGCGGCAAGGCAGCCGGCUUCCUGACUGCCAACAAGAGCGAUGCAAAGUGGGCUUUGAAGUGUGGCUGCCAGUUCGUCGCAGUCGGAAGCGACAUGCAGAUGCUGACGGCAGCUUCGAAGGAAGCUGCUGCUGAGUUCCACGACUUUGCCAGCAAGCUCUGA